UCGUUCGCUACUACCAAAUACAACGUACCUACCUUACAGAUAGGCAUUAUAGCCCGGUUCAUGUGUUGACUCGCAUCAGCUUGGAAUGCUGCAGCCGCGUCAUAGGCACGUGGCAAAAAGCAAGGCAACAAUCAUUCAAUUGAUCCCCGUCCCUCGACGCUGAAUCAGGCAACUAACCAACAACCCCUUUGUCAUCUCGAGUCGUCCCGAAUAUUGAUCCUUCAUAUCCGUUUCCCACUCAAACUAAAGUAGCUUCCAUAAGAGCCAUUCCUUACUUGGAUACGGCAUCCAGCUACGUUGGCUGACAACAGCGGGCGCUUCCUAUUUUUGUCAUAUCCUCACUUCGUCGUCUUCGUGCACAUCGAUUACACCAACACCAUAACUACAUACCCCUGGCUUCUCUGAAAUAAGCCAACAAUGCCGACUCCUAUAGACCACGCGAUGAAAUCAAAGAAUGCGCUCUUAGCGUUCGGGGGUCUAGUAACAGCCGUAGCUGUAUGGGCCAUCUAUGGAGGUGACAUGUUCCCUGCCGAACCCGACCCCUCCGGAGACCCCGAGAACUGGACUUGGGAAGAAAUGAGACGAUGGUUAACAGCGAGGAAUCUCUUUCCCGGUGACGCGGCUACGCCAGAGCAGCUGCUCGAGCGAAUCCGCGCCAAUUUGAGGAUACCUCGGACAUGAUGGAGUGACGCAUGGGAGGGAAUUGCGUUGUUGCU